AUGUACAACUCAAACCGUUUAAUUACUCUACUUCUGUGUACUACAAUAACCUGUGGUGGUCAUGUAAACAUGAAGCUGAUGGGAAAAUCACAACUUAAAACGACAGAUUUUUAUAAAGAUCUAUUAAUGGAUAUAAAAACUCAACAGACAUUCGAUUCAAUAUUAAUGGUACAACAUAAGAUGCCUCAAGAUCCCAGACUACAAAUGAUCUACUCAUUGCAGGAACCCAAAUUAAUAAUAACUAAUCAGACGGACUUAUGUUACAAAGAACAAUUCAAUAAUGAAAUUAUAGCAGUGGUAAUAAUAGAACGGGAAUUUUCCAGUGUAUUGUGGGAGCAUUUUCUAAAUGCCCUCAACUAUCUGCGUCAAACAAGAAUUUUAAUGAUUUUUGUUAAUAUCUUCAAUACAGAGGAACUACAAAUUGAAGUUUUAAAAGCAUGUGAAAAGUAUAAAAUCACUAACGCUCUCUUACAUUUUCUAAAUUCAUCCAUUUCAGAGGACAUAUCUCUGGAAUAUUUUCAAUUGUUGCCAUUUCCACUGUAUCAUUUGAAAUCGAGACAAUUUGGUAGAGUAAAAGAAGAAUAUUUUCCCAUACAUUGGCAAAAUAUGAAAGGCAAGACAUUACUAACUUUACCCGAUCAAAUUGUACCACGCUCUGUGAUGUAUAAGGAUAACAAAGGUGCAAUACAAUUCACUGGUUUUAUUGCCAAAUUGGUUCAAAUGUUUGCGGAAGUGUAUAAUGCCACUUUAGAAAUGCCUUUCCAGCCGAAGAUUGGUGAAAUUCUAAACUACAACACUAUUUUCAACAAGACUAAACAUGGGAAAUUGGAUAUACCCAUGACAAUAAAUGCGAUUAUAAAAAAACAAACAUUAAAACAUAUAUCAUACCCCCUUGAAAUUAGUCAAUGGAUGAUAAUGAUACCCUGUGCUAAAAGAAUGGAAAUUAGUCAAGUUUACGAGAGGAUGUUGAAACCUGAACUGUUUUCAAUAAUUAUAAUCAUCACUGCAACAUUUUCUCUAGUACACACUGUUAUAGAGAAGUUAUUUUUUAAAAAAAUGAUUUGGAAGAAUUUACUAAUGAGUGACAAAGUUAUACCAGGAGUAUUGGGACAAUCGUUUAAUUUUAAAAAAUCCAGUUUACUGAGUCUUCGUUUGAUUUAUGUAUUGAUUUUCGUGUUUGGUCUGUAUAUUAGUACUCUUUUCUCGGCCCAUUUACAAACUCUCAUCACCAGACCACCAUUUCAUGCUCAAAUAUCUACAUUUGAAGAUCUACGUCUCAGCCAACAAAAGAUUCUACUGAGCUCAAUGGAUGUCAUAAAUAUGGAUAAAGAUGAUUUUAUGUUAAGCGAAGAAAUGAAAGAAACUGUUGUGGUAACUGAUAACGCCACUUUAUUUGAGGAGCUCAGAGAUAAUUUCAACACCACUUACGGUUACGGCGUACCAACGGUUUUAUGGACCAUUUAUUCCAAUAUUCAAAGACAUUAUGCCUAUAAAAGAUUUUGUGUUUCCGAAACUAUGAAUAUUAGAAAUAUGGUGUUGUAUGGUUUACCACUGGCUGAACAUUCGCCAUAUCAGGAACCAUUGGAUUACUUGGUACACAAAAUCCACUCAGGUGGUUUGCUGCUUGCCUGGCAACAGUCAUUGUUUAAUGAUUUAUUAAAGUUGAAAAAAAUAUCGUUUCAUGAUUCAAGCAGAAUUAAAACGUACGAAGAUUUAACGGAAAUGGAUUUGUUAUUAGUUUGGAUAAUUAUAACCAUCGGAUUAAUAUCCAGUUUGCUGGCGUUUCUUGUUGAAAUUAUCGUUAAUUAUUGUAUGGUGUAUUUUGAAAACAAUAGGAAGCAUUUGUAA